AUCCCGACAUCCAUUUUGAAUUUUUGAGUUGAUUCUAUUCUUGUUUAUAAGUUUGGAGAAUUUUUAAAUUUAUGUUUAAUUGCUUACCGUAAUUAGGUUUAUUUCCAAUUUCUAGAUUUCUGAAAGUUUUUGCUGCAGUUUCUGUUGUGAUCUUUAAAUUUGUUCUUUGUGGUUUUGAAAGAUUCUUGUGAUAGCCGUUCACCGAGAAAAUUACGUUUGUUCUAAUUUGUUGUUUCUUGGAAACUAAAGUUCAAAAUGUCUAACAGCUACUAUACCCGAAGAUCAGCUAAUAUGGAUAAACCUAACGUGCUGUACCAACAACAACAGCAAGUUUUGCAGCAACCUUCGCAGUACAAAAAUUUCGUCAAAUCUUACCAACCUGAUCCCGGCGUUUCAAUUACCAAAGAAGAGAAACCGUCUUUCGAUUCUAUGACUCACGCUAUAGUGAAUCAAAUGCAAUCGCAACCGCCGGCACCUAUUCCGAAACUCGAAACUGCAGCUGAUUCCAUCAAUAAGGAAGAUGCGAAAGCUGAAGUUGCUCGCAUGAAAACCGAACAUUUUCAAAAAUGGAAGGAAGCUAAAAAGAAAGCUGGUCUAACGAAAAUCGAUAAGAAAUUGAAAAAGAGGCGACUGAACGCUCGCUUAGAGAAGGUAUUGAAACCUAAAAACGCGUUUCUUAUUUUCAACGAAUUGAAUCUGAAACCGGAAUACGAAACGCAAGAAAUCAGUAAAACUGGAUUCCAAAAAACGUACUUGGCACGUUUGAAGCUCAACGGUCACGUAUAUGCUGGAGAAGCUACUAGUGUUUCGGGUGCCAAAAUGGUAGCAGCUGAUAUUGCUUUGAAAGAUUGGUUCGUUCAGUCAUUCAAAAAACAUGAAUCAAUGGCCGAAAAAAUGGAAUCUGAAAAUAAUGAUGCUUCUUCAUCAUCUGAACCUGCUCCGUGGUCAGCCGUUGGUUCGUACGCCAUGCAUUUGCUCUUCACUAGGUGGCAGAUGAACCCACAACUUCAAGCGCCUGCGCCUGCUCCUGCUCUUCAGCAAGCAGAAAAUGUAGUAGUUCCAAUGAAUGGAACUUACAAUAGUGACCCUUCUCAGCUGGUGAACUAUGUUCCGUCCACCAAUCUGAAAUUCCCCCCGAAUCCGGAACAGUGUCAACCGUUAUAUGUAUUGAAUUUAGCUUUCCCGAAUCUGCAAUUCGUGGAGAAAACUGAUGAUGCCAAUACGGAACAGCGUUUCUCCCUACAAUGUAAAAUCAACGGCAUUGUUUAUGAAGCUAGAGCUCGUAGCAAGAAAGAUGCAAAACGUCAAAUUGCCAUCCAGGUUUUGAAGGAUUAUGGAAUAGUUUACAAACCGCAAGCCUAAAAUCAUAGUUCAACUUUUUCUAUAUUUUUUUUUUUUUUUUUUUUGAAAACAAUCUCGCGUAUCAUUUUUUGUGUUUAGUUUCCAAUCAAGUCGAAAAUGCUUUGAUUUAUAUUUAUGGAAUUUGUAUCACGGGACAGAUUUUGAAAUGAACUAAGCGUCAUUUCAUCUCCGGAUUAUUUGUGAUCGGGCGCUGCGCCAUAUUCACAGUAGUCUGUAGAUGAGAGUAACGUUCAGUUUAUUUAGAAAUAACCUGGUUUUCAUGUUUUUGAAGAACAUCAUUUGUGUUGAGGUUGUAAAUAUAAGCAGUAGGGUAUCACUAUUUUCAUUGAUUGAUGUAUUCGCUCUGUACCACUUUUCCAAUUAAUGUUGUUUUCUAUGUGUAUAAUAUUAACGAAUAGGUAGUACUUUUUCGAAGAAUCGAUGCUCGAUGGUACCAAAUUAAAUAUUAAUUGUUUAUUUUAAAUGUUGGUACUGUAUAAUUUGCAGUAAUACCUACGCGACUUUCUGUUAAUCAGAAUUUUGAAUUGAAUCCCGUAUGAACCACAGACGAAUAAUGUACAUGUUGAAUGGUUACUGCGCAUCGCUUUUUAUACUAUGUACUACGUUUUAUGUAUUUUUGAGUAAAUCCUGUACUCAUAAUGUUGAGUAUUUUCAUUAGAUUUGUUUCUUAUAAUUUAUUUUCGAAUUGUGAAAACUAAAUUUACAGCUUAUGUUAUUAUGAUUUGCAUUAUAAAAAUAAACAAUCUUGACAAGUUA